GUAAGACUCCAACGCCUUCAAGCCAAGAUCAACCUGAUGGUUCCUGAAAUAACUGGGGAAACAAAUGCUUCAAGUGCUAGUUGAAGAGUGUGUUUAUGUAUAUUUGAAACCUUCUUUCUAUAUAUACACAUUUACAUGAGAAGACAGGCUCAUUCUUGUGCACAUUUGGGAGUUUUACAACUGAUGAAAUUUAAUUUAAGAAUCAGAUGGAGCAACUUGACAUUGCUGGGCACAGGAGCCCAGGGAGAAAAGUAUAUCACUAAUGGCCAAUUUUCCAUAUGGCCUUCAUGGGUAAAGAGAAUUUGCAAAAAGAAGAAAAAAAAUUGCGUAGAUUAAGCCUCAAAAAUACCUCUCCAAUUUAAAGAAGGAAAUAGAAGGUGAUCACAGAAGUGUGAAUUCAACAUUGCAGGUGGGAUCAUGCAGUGUUUUUGCACUUUAUUUUUAAUUAGGUUUGGUGAUUUGGACAGAAUUUAAAAUUCUGGACUGAAAAGUAACUUUUACUGUGGUUGUGACAAGGAAAGCAAGUUCAGGUGUGAUGGGGCAAGUCUGAACAUUGAACUAAUUCCAUCACUUUGCCCUUUUCAGUUAACUGUAUUUGAGGAUUUUAAUUUAUUAUUUUCCUUUUCUGUACCUGUAGGAUAUCUUAAAAUAGCAUUUGGAACCAUUAAUUACAAAAGUAAACAUCAAGGAAAACCCAAGCAAAGCAUCCUUUUGCCUGGAUGAAAGGCUGUGGAAACAAGCUCUGAAUGUGAACAAGAAGGUGCCCAUCUGCACAGUGACUCUGGGGCAAUUGUGCAAUCCUAGGGACUCUGAUGCUAGCCUGGGUGUGUGGUUAGAGGGAUUAUCAGCUGUAUUGAGUCUAAGAACACUUGCAUAUGAGAAGAUUACUUGAUGGACUUAAUGCUGAGAUUAUUUUUUUUCAUUGAAAUGAAGAAGUACAUGAGCUUUAGGAAUAGAGAAGAAGUAACUGGAAAGUGAGAAAGAGUCCACCAAAAGAAACACGAGUGUUACUCUGUUAGCAAGCAGAAUUAGGACUACCCUAAGGCAAAUACUUGGUCUGCUUUAAUAGCUUUAGUCUGCCUCUGCUGAAGGACCUUGCUUUUUAGCCUCUAUGGCACUGAGGGGUCUGCUGGCUGGCAGAGGAGUUGUCCCAGGGAACCCUGCGUUCCCAGGGGACACAGGGCCCAGCAUUAAGAUAGGAAAUUCCUGGUUCUGAAUAGUGAGGAAGAGUGUUUUUCUUCCUAAAAUUGGACUGCUGUCUGCACAAACUCUGGUCUAUUUUGCACAGUUUGUGUGCCUUUAUUUCCCUUUAUGCAAUCUUUUUCAGCUUUUGCAGCAGAAAUUUGUCUAGUUCAGAAAACAUGCCAGAGGGUGGCUAUAGAAGAUGAUCCUGUAUGUUCUGUCUCUACAUCUGAACUUUUGAAGAGAAAAUUCCAGCUAGAAGGAUUCUUAAAAAGCCUUAAGUUACUUGAAAUCUAUGUAUUGAAACUCUUAGUCUCUGGAAUCACAUUACACAAAACUGGAAUCUCAGGCUGAAUGAGAAUAACUAAGUUCAGUAAAAAAGAAGAAAUCUGUUUCUUGAUCACCACUUAUUAAUGAUGCUCUUUCUCCAAAGGAACAGUGUAUUCUUCCUCUAAGGACUUGAAAAUAAAAAUGGACCCCAUGUUUUUUUUAAGCAUUACCUUUUCUUAGCAGACUGCCAUCAUCUUUUAUAGAGGAAUUUUUUCACUAUGCAUUUGGUGGAUCUUUAUAAAAUACUGACCUUCUAAGCUUCAAGUCAGUCUUAACUAAAAGGGGGGAAAACCAAGCACGUCAAUCCCAAAAAUAAAAUAAACCAAUAAAGAAAUUGGUUUAAGAUUUUCAGCAUUAACCAUUACUUUUUAAGUAAAAUAAUUCAUUGAAAAAAGUAUGUAUGCAGCAGUAGAACAUGGACCUGUGCUUUGCAGCGACUCCAACAUCCUCUGCCUGUCCUGGAAGGGUCGCGUUCCCAAGAGUGAGAAAGAGAAGCCUGUGUGUAGGAGGCGCUACUAUGAGGAAGGCUGGCUGGCCACAGGCAAUGGGCGCGGUGUAGUGGGGGUGACUUUCACCUCCAGCCAUUGUCGCAGGGACAGGAGUACUCCACAGAGGAUAAACUUCAACCUCCGGGGCCACAAUAGUGAGGUUGUGCUAGUGAGGUGGAAUGAACCAUACCAGAAACUGGCCACAUGUGAUGCAGAUGGAGGAAUAUUUGUGUGGAUUCAGUAUGAAGGCAGGUGGUCUGUGGAACUGGUUAAUGAUCGAGGGGCUCAGGUGAGUGAUUUCACGUGGAGCCAUGAUGGGACUCAAGCACUUAUUUCAUAUCGCAAUGGGUUUGUCCUGGUUGGUUCUGUCAGCGGACAAAGACACUGGUCAUCUGAGAUCAACUUGGAAAGUCAAAUCACAUGCGGCAUAUGGACUCCUGAUGACCAACAGGUGCUGUUUGGCACGGCUGAUGGGCAGGUGAUUGUUAUGGACUGCCACGGCAGGAUGCUGGCCCAUGUCCUCUUGCACCAGUUCGACGGAAUCCUCAGCAUGUCCUGGAACUACCCUAUCUUCCUGGUGGAAGACAGCAGCGAGAGUGACACAGACUCAGAUGACUAUUCCCCUCCCCAAGAUGGUCCUGCAGCGUACCCCAUCCCAGUACAGAAUAUCAAGCCUCUGCUCACUGUCAGCUUCACCUCGGGAGACAUCAGCUUAAUGAACAACUACGAUGACUUGUCUCCUACUGUCAUCCGCUCAGGGCUGAAAGAGGUGGUGGCCCAGUGGUGCACACAGGGAGACUUACUAGCAGUUGCUGGGAUGGAGCGGCAGACCCAGCUCAGUGAGCUCCCCAAUGGACCCCUUCUGAAGAGUGCCAUGGUGAAAUUCUACAAUGUUCGAGGGGAGCACAUCUUCACAUUGGACACACUCGUGCAACGCCCCAUCAUCUCCAUCUGCUGGGGUCACCGGGACUCACGGCUGUUGAUGGCCUCAGGGCCAGCCCUAUAUGUAGUUCGUGUGGAGCAUCGGGUGUCCAGCCUACAGUUGCUGUGCCAGCAGGCCAUUGCCAGCACUCUGCGAGAAGAUAAGGACAUCAGCAAGCUCACCCUGCCUCCUCGCCUCUGUUCUUACCUUUCUACUGCUUUCAUCCCCACCAUUAAGCCUCCAAUUCCAGACCCCAACAACAUGAGAGACUUUGUCAGCUACCCCUCGGCUGGCAAUGAGCGGCUACAUUGCACCAUGAAGCGCACAGAGGAUGACCCGGAGGUGGGUGGCCCAUGCUACACACUCUACCUAGAAUACCUGGGUGGGCUUGUACCCAUCCUUAAGGGGAGGCGUGUCAGCAAGCUGCGGCCAGAGUUCGUCAUCAUGGACCCACGGACAGACAGCAAAUCAGAUGAGAUCUAUGGAAACAGCCUCAUUUCUACUGUGAUCGACAGCUGCAACUGCUCUGACUCCAGUGACAUUGAACUGAGUGAUGACUGGGCCGCCAAGAAAUCUCCCAAAAUUACAAGAGCAAGCAAAUCUCCCAAACUCCCAAGGAUAGAAAGACACCCAGUAGGAAGUAUGCUAAACCCUCGGAACUUCUCUAGGGGUUAUCAACGAUGGAUCAGCAUUGAAGCCAGGAAGUCUCCCAAGCUGCCCCGGGCUGCUCAGGAGAUCUCCCGGUCUCCCCGGUUGCCUAUACGCAAGCCCUCCAUUGGCUCACCCAGCCUGACUCGGAGGGAAUUUCCCUUUGAAGACAUCACUCAGCACAACUAUCUUGCUCAGGUCACAUCCAAUAUCUGGGGAACCAAAUUUAAGAUUGUCGGCUUGGCUGCUUUCCUGCCAACCAACCUCGGUGCAGUGAUCUAUAAAACCAGCCUGCUGCAUCUCCAGCCACGGCAGAUGACCAUCUAUCUCCCAGAAGUUCGGAAGAUUUCCAUGGACUGUAUUAACUUACCUGUCUUCAACCCAAAUGUUUUCAGUGAAGAUGAAGAUGAUUUACCAGUGACAGGAGCAUCUGGUGUCCCUGAGAAUAACCCAUCUUGUACUGUGAACAUCCCUAUUGCACCAAUCCACAGCUCGGCUCAAGCUAUUUCCCCCACACAGAAUAUAGGGCUGGUGCAGUCCCUGCUGGCCAGUCAGAAUGUGCAGCUUGACAUCCUGACCAAUCAGCCAACAGCUGUGGGAGCAGCAGAACAUAUAGGUGAUAAUUUGACCCAGUACCCAAUCCCCAACCGAUACUCCAACCCUGGACAGGUGAUUUUUGGAGGUGUGGAAAUGGGCCGCAUCAUUCAGAACCCUCCUCAGUUGCCCUUGCCGCCACCACCACCACCACCACCGCCGCCACCGCCACCACUACCGCCACCACCACAGGGUGUCAUGCCGCUGUCUGUGGUGGACCAUGGAGACCGAGACCAUGAGCACCUGCAGAAAUCAGCCAAGGCCCUGCGGCCAGUGCCUCAGCUAGCCACUGAGGGGGAUGCAGUAGUCUUCAGUGCCCCCCAAGAGGUGACAAAAAUGAACCCCCCACCCCCCUACCCAGGAACUAUCCCUGCUGCCCCAACCACAGCUGCACCCCCACCCCCUCUGCCACCACCUCAGCCCCCAGUGGAUGUGUGCUUGAAGAAGGGCGACUUCUCCCUCUACCCCACAUCAGCACAUUACCAGCACCCCCUAGGCUACGAGAGGAUCACCACCUUUGAUAGCAGUGGCAAUGUGGAGGAGGUGUGCCGACCUCGUACUCGGAUGCUCUGCUCCCAAAACACCUAUACCCUUCCUGGCCCAGGCAGCUCAGCCACCUUGAGACUCACGGCUACUGAGAAGAAGGUCCCCCAGCCCUGCACCAGUGCUACCCUGAACCGCCUGACUGUCCCUCGCUAUUCCGUCCCCACCGGGGACCCACCCCCAUAUCCCGAGAUUGCUAGCCAGCUGGCCCAGGGGCGGAGCACUGUCCAGAGACUGGAUAGCAGCCUCAUUCAUGCUACCCUGCGGAGAAACAACCGUGAGGUUGCCCUUAAAAUGGCCCAGCUGGCUGACAGCGCCCGGGCCCCACUACAGCCCCUGGCCAAGCCCAAGGGUGGCCCUGGUGCAGCUGUGGCACAGCUCCCAGCACGACCCCCACCAGCCUUGUACACCUGCAGCCAAUGUAGUGGUGCAGGGCCCAACUCACAGUCAGGGGCCAUCCUGGCCCAUGCUGUCAGCACCUCCCCACUGGCUUCCCAGUCCUCCUACAAUCUCCUGAGCCCACCUGACAGCACCCGAGACCGUACUGACUAUGUAAACUCAGCCUUCACAGAAGAUGAGGCCCUGUCCCAUCACUGUCAGCUGGAGAAGCCCCUGAGGCACCCCACACUACCCGAAGCUGCUGCCACCUUGAAGCGGCCUCCCCCUUACCAGUGGGACCCUGUGCUGGGUGAGGACGUUUGGGUUCCACAGGAAAGGACAGCACAGUCUGCAGUGCCCAACCCUUUGAAACUGCCCCCGCUGAUUCUAGGGCAGAGCCAGCACCUGGAUGUGGCCCGGGUACCUUUUGUCUCUCCCAAGUCUCCCACUAGCCCUACUGCCACUUUCCAGACAGGCUAUGGGAUGGGAGUGCCAUAUCCAGGAAGCUAUAACCCCCCUUUGCCUGGAGUGCAGUCUCCCUGCUCCCCCAAAGAUGCCCUGGCCCCAACACAGUUUGCACAACAGGAGUCUGCCGUCAUCCUUCAGCCAGCAUACCCACCCAGCCUCUCCUAUUGCACCUUGCCCCCCAUGUACCCAGGAAGCAGCACAUGCUCCAGUUUACAGCUGCCACCUAUCGCCUUGCACCCAUGGAGUUCCUAUAGCACCUGCUCACCCGUGCAGAAUCCCCAGGGCACUCUCCCACCCAAGCCCCACUUGGUGGUGGAGAAACCCCUUGUGUCCCCACCACCAGCUGACCUCCAAAGCCACAUGGGCACUGAGCUGAUGGUAGAGACUACAGACAACUUCCAAGAAGUCCUCUCCCUGACAGAAAGCCCAGUCCCGCAGCGGACAGAAAAAUUUGGAAAAAAAAACCGAAAGCGCCUGGACAGCCGAGCAGAGGAAGGAAAUGUUCAGGCUAUCACUGAGGGCAAAGUAAAGAAGGAGGCUAGGACUUUGAGUGACUUUAAUUCUCUCAUCUCCAGUCCCCGCCUAGGAAGAGAGAAAAAGAAAGUGAAGAGUCAGAAGGACCAACUGAAGUCAAAGAAGUUGAACAAAACAAACGAAUUUCAGGACAGCUCAGAGAGUGAGCCUGAGCUAUUCAUUAGUGGGGAUGAGCUGAUGAACCAAAACCAGGGCAGCAAGAAAGGGUGGAAGAGCAAGAGGAGCCUGCGGACAGCCAGUGAUCUGGAGGAGUUCAAGUGCCGCAAAGCCAGUGAGAAAGAGGAUGGGCGGCUGGGUAGCCAGGGAUUUGUAUAUGUGAUGGCCAACAAGCAGCCUCUGUGGAACGAGGCCACACAGGUGUACCAGCUGGAUUUUGGAGGGCGGGUGACCCAGGAAUCAACCAAGAACUUCCAGAUCGAGUUGGAAGGGCGGCAGGUGAUGCAGUUUGGGCGGAUUGACGACAAUGCGUACAUUCUAGACUUCCAGUACCCCUUCUCAGCUGUGCAGGCCUUCGCAGUAGCCCUGGCCAAUGUGACUCAGCGCCUCAAAUGAAGAGACUGGUGUUGGGAGGAGAUACCAAGGAGCCUUGGAGGAAGAGCCCAUGUGGCUGGAUGCCCAGGAAGACCAGAGACAACUUUGCAACUGGAUGAGCCCAUGAGGCCAAGAAGAGACGCACUGACCAUUAGGCAUGGUUGUUUGUUUGAUUAUCCUUAUGGUCUGUCUUUCUUUUCUUCUUUCAGUUAAUGGCAUUUGGAAGCCAAGGGUGUCUAGUGCCUGUUGUUCUUUCAGGAAAUGUAGCUUGGCUGUCAAAUGUUCUACUGAGUUUGCUUCUCAGCAACCAGGACAAGGGCCUUUGGAGAGAAGACAGACUGCCUUCUAGCCUGCUGUUCUUGUAGGAGGAGUAUGCAUUAGUGUUCAUUCUUCACAGCAUCUGGCCUUUAUUAUCACUAGUGCAAAACAAAAACAGCCAAAGCCUGAAGAUUCAGGUUCUCUUAAGGAGGGAAGCAUUUAAUUAACAUUUUAUGCUACUUCCAAAAGGUGACUUGAUGAAUGAAGGGCCUUUGGGCAAAUGCCCUGUGUUUGACUAAUGCAGGUAGGCUCUGUAUAGGGAUGAUAAAGCAGGAUAAAUGUGAUUUGGUCAUCAGUAGUGUCUGGGAAGGACUGAAGGGUGAGGAGGUAAGGCAGGCUCUGCAGACACCUGGGUGACUCAGUGGUAUGACUCGUGCAAUGGCCACACUCCUCUUCUAAAGAUGUUUGUAUUGGAAGACUACUAGUCUCAUCAUAUGUCAGUGUUUCAUAGGAUCAAGGAUGAUUAUUCAGUAAGAUUCACUUGAGGAGAAGGUCGGACACAGUAAUAGAAAGAUCCCAGCCUAUGGUAAGGCUAAGGAUUUUCUCAGUGUGGGAGUUACUAGAUCCCCCACUUUCUGAGAAACAUCCUCAAUUCUCUUUAUCUCAUUCUUUAAUAUGGAAUACACUACUAGAAAAAUGAUCCUGUCAUUGUUCUAUCCCUUCUCAAAGUUUGGGUGGGACUUGUAUUAAAAUAACUCCUUUCCUCCUGUUGGCUAUAUUAAAAUUCAAAUGACUAGAAAUGUUUUCCAUCAGAUUAGAAAUGUAACCAAAAAUAACUUUAAGCAUUUUCCAGGUAUUAAAAUAUAGGGGGUGUGGUCAAAUCUUUCACGCAAAUUCCAUACUUUUCUCUAAGAAAAAUUAAAUAAAUAGAAGCUGUUUAUUGACUGUAUGGACUGUUUACUGAGGAAAUAAACCACUGAGAAAACAUUAAAAUUAUUAAACUUACUGCGGUUGGUUAAGUUUUGGGGUUUUGGGGUUU